AAAGCGCUGGUGAGAUCUGGGGGCGCCUCCUCGUCUGACGUCAGAGAGAGAGUUUAAAAAGGGGGAGACGGAGGAGAGCACACAAGCAGCUUUAGGAGAGGCAAGGUUCGAGCCGUCGCUGCUGCCUGCGAUCAGCUCCUCGAGUUUGACCAACCGCACUCUAGCUCGGCUUCGCCGCCGCCGCCGAGAUGCUGUCCUGCCGCCUCCAGUGCGCGCUGGCCGCGCUCUCCAUCGUCCUGGCUCUUGGCGGUGUCACCGGCGCGCCCUCGGAUCCCCGGCUCCGUCAGUUUCUGCAGAAAUCCCUGGCUGCUGCCGCUGGCAAGCAGGAACUGGCCAAGUACUUCUUGGCAGAGCUGCUGUCUGAACCCAACCAGACAGAGAACGAUGCCCUGGAGCCUGAAGAUUUGUCCCAGGCUGCUGAGCAGGAUGAAAUGAGGCUGGAGCUGCAGAGAUCUGCUAACUCAAACCCGGCCAUGGCACCCCGAGAACGCAAAGCUGGCUGCAAGAAUUUCUUCUGGAAGACUUUCACAUCCUGUUAACUUUAUUAAUGAUUGUUGCCCAUAUAAGACCUCUGAUUCCUCUUCUCCAAACCCCUUCUCACCUCCCUAAUCCCUCCAAUACUCAAUAAGACCCUCGUGUUAGAAAUUGAAGACUGUAAAUACAAAAUAAAAUUAUGGUGAAAUUAUGAAAAAUAA